AUGGAUUCUGUUGAAAGUCAAUAUCAGAAAAACAUUUUUAAAAGAAUUAACGAACUUCCAAAGAAAUAUAAAACACAAAUUUGUAUAGAUUGGACAAAUGGAUUAUCAUAUUUAAAAAAUUUGAUUUUAACACAAAAUUGCAGAAAUUACUCGAACGAAGUACCAAUUGAAUAUUUAGACUGUUUAAUACCUUUAAUUCAACAAGACAAAUUGAUAUUUUCUAUUAUGAAUAUGACUCAAAAUUCAGAGUUACAAAAAAUCGAGAAAGUUGUAGAAAAUUGUGCAGCAACAAAUAUCACCAUUAUAACUAAAGAGUCUCACUUAAGUCUUUUGGUUCUCCCAAAAUGCGUCAAAACACUUUCAUUGGUGUUUGGAAAUAUUUCAAAAUCAGUUGGAAUGCAACAAAAACAAACCAAUUUAGUGACUCUCCCCGAUGUUUUGAAUGUCGAGGAGUUCACAGCAACGGGAAUGUCCCUCCAAUUUUCAGAGCGUUUUAACACUAUUAAAAAGGUCAAUUUGUUUAACACUAAACUUAUCAAAAAGAAACGAGAAGUACACGAGAAAACGGAACAACCUGAAAUUAAUGAUACAAAACAAAUUUACGAAAAUGACCAACUGUUUCCAUUUAAAAAUGUCGAGGAACUACAUUUGAACCGUUUUGAUGAUUAUAUCUUUGAACAACUUAAACACUUAAAAAUGGUGUCUUUACACAACAUGAACAACGUUGAGUUGUUUAUUAAUAAAGAGUGUGCUAAUAACAUUUUGUGUACUGAUUGUAUAAAUUGUGUGUUAAGUAUCGACUGUGAAAUAUGUGACAAGUUUGAAUUCAAAGAUUGCCCAAAUUUCACUUUCAACUUUUUGAAUACAAAUAACAAAAAUUUGAAUAUCAAAAUUGCAAACUCAAGUGGUGCAAAAAUAUCAUCAGAAAACGACUGCAUCGAGUCACUUCUUCUUUACAACAAUACAAAAUUUGAUAUUGCAAAAAACACAAAAAUAGAAAAAUUGGUCAUUUCAAAUUCAACACUUCAAAAUACAACAAAUGUAAAAGCCACAGAAGUCGUCUUUGAAACAAUUUCUAAAUUUGUUCAUUUGGAUUUCACAAAUACAAAACGUGUGUUAUUAUUUAAUACCGAAAAUUUGAUCUUCCCAAACACAUUUGAAAAUUGCGAAAUUUUUAAAAUCGAGUUUUGCAGAAAUUGUGAAUUUGUUUUUGAAAAUUCUAAAAUGAAAUUUUUAAAAAUUGUUUCAUCACAGGAAGUCGAUUUUAAAGGCAAUUUUAAUUUACUUGAAAAAAUUGAAAGUUUGGACUCGACAUACACAUUCCCACAAAAUUUCGAAUAUUCAAAACACCCCAUUUGUCCAAUUGAAAACAAUGAAAUUGAGACUUUUGAAUUUUAUACAUCAGAUAAGUACGAAAUGCUUAAAGAAAAGUGCUUAUCAGAUAAAAUCCCUAAUCCACAACAAAACAGGAAAAUUAUUAAUUUAAACGGAUUUAAAGCUCAAAAAGGUCUUUAUGUAAAUUUAUCAGAGAAAAAACAAAGUAAACAACGCCGAAACGUGUUUGGCGCUGUUAUCGAUGAGCACCAACAGAGUUUAAAUAAAAAUCCGUCACUUCCGUCAAGUGUUACAAACAAAGAAAUUUCAAUUACAAGUCGAAAUGUCAUUAUUAACAAUUGUAUAUGUGACACACUCAUAAUCGAACAAAAAAUGGAUUUUAUCCCAAAUUUGAAACUAAAUAAUUUUAUUGGCAAAUGUCCGGACUUUUCUAUAUACACUUUUGGAAGAAUAGAAAUGGAGAAGUGCCAUUUUGUUUCUUGUGUAAAAUUUGGAGUUAAAGAUCCGACCAUCAAUGUGGUCGAACUUUAUAUAAGACAAUGCAAGAACUUCAGAAUUGGGUUGAUGAGUAAAACUAAAAUAGUCGACAUUGUCGAGUCUGAAGGAUUUAUGACGUUUUCAGCAAGUAUUGGAUUGUACAACAGAGUGACCUUCGUACGGUCUCAAAUAGUAAUUUUAGAUAAUGCCGGAGUUGUUGGAAGUAUAAAAGAGUUGUGUUUGGACUCCACAGAGUGUCCCACUUUAUUUGAGCAAAAGUGUGUGAACUAUUACGUGAUGAAAAAUGUCGACAACGUCGAUCAUGAAUUGUCUAUAGGUGCAAAAUCAUCACUUUUUGAAAACUGCACUAAUUUUGUCGUUGUUUUAAUAAAUGAUACAGCGAAAGUCGUCUUGAAAAAGUGCAAAAAUUGUUUUGUGUUGUCAAAACAACGAGAAAAUGUCGAACAAACUGAAUGCGAAAACAUUGACGUCUUUAAUGAUUAUGAAACCUUGAAACAAAGACUAAAUCAAAAAAGAGUUGCUAACAAUCCUCAACAACACGAUAUAUUAGCGUUUCGACAAGGUUAUAAUCAAAACCCUAAUUAUGCUUUAGGGUUUAAUUAA